UUCGCUAAGAAGAAGAAGAAAAAGGAGGAAAGGAAGAGAAUAACCAGGAAGCUUUCAAUUCGAAGGAAUUGCUUUGAGAAAAUAUGAGGCGUUUUAGUUUGUUUGACAUUGGGCAAUCAGAAACCAACCAGACGCCUCACAGGUCCUCUACUGGCAACUUAAAUAGUACCAGCAAAACACCAGUCUCAAGGUCAACAGUGAGGAGUAGAAUGGACAAGGUGAUCAACUGCUUCAGUAAGAGACCUGAUGCCGUGGCCAGGCUGAUAUGCUUCCCAUGGGCAGGUGGAGGCUCCAUACACUAUGCACGCUGGGGGAAAAUCCUCACCUCCAUUGAAGUGUUUGCUGUCAAACUUCCUGGCAGGGAGGCUCGAGCCAAAGAGCCCUUCUUUCAAAGCAUGGAGCAGAUUGUAGAUGAGGUCAUCAAUGUGCUACUGCCGGUGCUCAAGGAGAAACCGUUUGCCUUCUUUGGCCACAGCUUUGGCGCCAUGACCAGCUUUGCUGUAGCAGAUACUUUGAAAAGAGUCCACAAGCUGGAACCAAUUCACAUCUUCCUGUCUGGUGCCUCUGCACCCUACUCUGAGAUGCGUAUCCAAGCCCCAAAGAGAAGUGAUUUAUCAGACGAGGAGUUCCUCCAGUGGAUGACCAGGAUUGGUGGGACUCCCCCUGAGUUACUGGCCAAUCCUGAGGUUGUAAAGCUCUUCCUGCCCGCGCUGAAAGCCGACCUCCACGUGGUGGAGAACUACAGGUGUGACCGGCCAGAGAGUCCUCUCCUCUCAUGCCCAGUCACAUGCUUCGAUGGAAAGCAGGACAUGCCUCAUGACUUACAAGCAUGGAAAGACAUGUCAUCUGGAGAUUUUACAGUGCAAAUGCUACCCGGAGCUCACUUUUAUUUAAAAGACGCAGCCAAUGAGACGGUCAUAUUGGACUACAUCACGAAGUAUCUGGAGAUGGCGGAAAUGGACUACUUGUAACUAUUAAGGGCACAGUGGCAGUAAAGGAAAUGUAUCAUGUUAUGUUUUCAUUGUGGUGACACAACCAGUUUUACUUAAUUUUUUUGAAGAAUAGGGAGUCCAAGAAGCAUUUCGACAGUAGUAUCUGUGCCUUUGUGCAAUAAUGCAAAUGAUGGAAGUAGGGUUUGUUGACCAUGUGAAUCUAGCCAAUGUGUUUAGGAUUUUACGAGUGAUGUAAGAUGUAUUUCAGCCUAAAAUGGAAUCCAGAGAUUGCCUGACUAGUCCUCAAAUCAAGUCAAAUUUUAUUGGUCACGUACACAUGAUUAGCAGAUGUUAUCGCGAGUGUAGCAAAAAUGCUUGUGCUUCUAGUUCCGACAGUGCAGCAAUAUCUAACAAGUAAUAUCUAACAAUUCCACAACAAAUACCUAAUACACACAAAUCUAAGUAAGGAAAGGAAUAACAAUAUAUAAAUAUAUGGAUGAACAAUGACAGAGUGGCAUAGGCUAAGAUGCAAUAGAUAGUAUAAAAUACAGUAUAUACGAAUGAGAUGAGUAAUGCAAGAUAUGUAAACAUUAUUAAAGUGACUAGUGUUCCAUUAUUAAAGUGGCCAGUGAUUUCUAGUCUAUAUGUAGGCAGCAGCUAGUGAUGGCUGUUUUAACAGUCUGAUGGCCUUGAGAUAGAAGCUGUUUUUCAGUCUCUCGGUCCCAGCUUUGAUGCACCUGUACUGACCUCGCCUUCUGGAUGAUAGCGGGGUGAACAGGCAGUGGCUCAGGUGGUUGUUGUCCUUGAUGAUCUUUUUGGCCUUCCUGUGACAUUGGGUGCUGUAGGUGUAUAGGAGGGCAGGUAGUUUGCCCCCGGACACAUUGUCUAGACCACACCACCCUCUGGAGAGCCCUACGGUUUUGGGAGGUGCAGGCCGACAGGAUGCUCUCAAUUGUGCAUCUGUUAAAGUUUGUGAGGGUUUUGGGUGACAAGCCAAAUUUCUUUAGCCUCCUGAGGUUGAAAAGGCGCUGUUGCGCCGCCUUCACCACACUGUGUGGGUUUGUCAGUGAUUUGUACGCCGAGGAACAUAACUUUCCACCUUCUCCACCGCUGUUCCGUUGAUGUGGCUGGGGGGUGCUCCCUCUGCUGUUUCCUGAAGUCCACAAUCUCCUUUGUUUUGUUGAUGUUGAGUGAGAGGUUAUUUUCCUGACCGCACGCACCCGUGUGGGCCCCCAGUGUUGAGGAUCAGUGAAAUGGAGAUGUUGUUUCCUGCCUUCACCACCUGGGGGGGCGGCCCGUCAGGAUGUCCAGGACCCAAUUCCACAGGGCGGGGUUGAGACCCAGGGCCUCAAGCUUAAUGAUAAGUGAUACGCUUGGAGGGUACUAUGCUGUUGAAUGCUGAGCUAUAGUCAAUAUAGUCCUCUGUAUACCAAUGUUUGUGUCCCAAAUUACACCUUAUUCACUUUUAUAGUGCACUGCUUUUGACCAGUGCUAUGUAGGGAGUAGGGUGCCAUUUGGGACAUAGUCUGUUACCAUUACUGUACCAAUGACGUUCUGCUGAGUCUGAUGUCCGUGAGGAGGUUGGAGAAUAUCUGUGCCAGUUUUGGCACCAUCUGUGCAUCUGUCACUUUUGUGUUCUGAUCAAGUGUUAGCAUGCUAGCUGUUCCUGUAGACUUCUAGUCUUUGUGCUAAGCUAGUUAGACUUUUCACACAAAACGACCUCUAACUUCCAUCAUACUGGAUGCAGAUACAUAAAAAUGGCAUUCAUGAAUUCAUCAGACUCUGGAAACUGUGGGAGGCGCACAGUACUACGUAGAGCCAUGACUACGUGGAUCUUUAUUCCACAUCAAAUAACUGAUGCAAGCAGUAAAAUUUGAUUUCAAAAACAAAUUAAAGAAAAAAGCACCUUAUGGAACGGCGGGGACGGUGAAGCAACACCAACAUAGGCGCAUACACACAUGGAUUUAGUACUGUAGAUAUGUGGUAGGGGCCUGAGGGCACACAGUGUGUUGUGAUUGUAUUGUAAUGUUUUUAAAACUGUAUAAACUGCCUUAAUUUUGCUGGACCCCAGGAAGGCAGCAGCUAAUGGGGAUCCAUAAUAAAUACAAAUACAAACCAA